GCAGCAAGAUGGACCUCAGGAAAUUUACCGUUUUUGCCUUUCUCCUGAACCUGGGGAUUCUCGCUGCAACUGUAGAAGGUACACAGCUCUUGUUUUCAUCUUAGGCCGUUGCAAUCUACAUGUGUAAGUUCUUAUACCUGACAAAAAUGUUACUUUUUUCUAGUGACAAUUGUUUUAAAAAUUAAUCCUCAACUUCAAUCUCUUGAAACCCAAUUCAACUCGGUCGAAGACUUUUUCAUUAACAUUUUUCUAGGGAACAGUUUUAGAUCUCAACUAAAAGCAAGAAGGUCUGGAGGUUAGAUCAUUUGAAUUCAUCAUAGUGAUUUGUUUACAAAUGUGGGGGACACAACCGCCACUCCAUCUCGCUUUUAAGUAACUAAAUCAGUGCUCUCGGAGCCGACGAAUUGUUAAGUCGAUUCGAUGUGUUUAUCAUCUCGUUAUUUGCGAAUCCUCUACAUGCAAAAGCAAUGUUAUCAGGAAAAUGACUUUAUUUCAAAGCUCUCGGUCCAUUUAUUUGUUUGCCGCAACUCUGUCAAAAUAUCUACAAAUAGAACAGUCAGGUCUGUAGUCUGGUUACCACUUGGAUCGAAGAAACACGAAAAAAAGGGGAUAAACAUUUAUCCCAUGUUUCAUAUCCUGAGAUGACUUGGCAGUUUUAGGUUUUCAAAACUUAAGAUUUUGCCAGUGGGGUGAGGACUUUGAAAAACCUGCCCUUAAGACUCCACACCCACAUUCUGACGCAAUGCGGACGUUUUAAUAUAUUUCAAAUUUUUGAAGGAAUAGUAAUGCUUUCUGUCAGUUCAGCGACCCGCAUUUAACAGAAAACCUUAAACAAGUUUUAUAUUUUUGAUUUUUAUUUUUCCGAGUCAGUCAUUCCCAUGAUUCCCGUACUUCGCGGUACCAAUCUUCAGAUUUCCUACUUCGUAGAGUUCUGUUUUAAUCCAAUCAACGAUAACUGUCAUUGCCCCUUACCCUUUUGGUGCAAGGAACCGAGAUCACCUGAUAAUGUUUGUGCACGUGUAACGUGACCAGAAUCAAGACAUCUAGAUUUGCUUUCAAGUGGAAUAACUGAAAAUAAACAAAAAAGUAGCUAGAGGAGUGGAAAUGAGACUUGAGGCAAUUCUAAAGAGAAUUGCCAAGCAAUUUGAGUUUGGCAGUAGGAUGGACUUCGGAAUAGACAAUGACUUAAUCACGAGUGAAACAUUGAAGGUUGAUGACAACAACAAACCAAAAUAAAGACAACCUCAAGAGGAUGGUAUCUAAGUGUGCAUUUUUUUUUCUUUAAUUUGAUAUUACUUUCCUCAACUGAUUUGUCUCCAAAUCUCUCAGAUCGCGUCUAUAUCGAGCUGGCGAGAUAUGCAAUUCGCCAUCUUAUUCAUUACCAUUUUAUGAUUAAGAGCAUUUGCGGUAUUUUAAAUGUAAACUAUCUGAAGUAUAUAUCGUAAAAUUCGUCUUCCUGAAUUUUCUUCACAUAACGACAAUCAAACAUUUUAUGAUACAAAUGAAAAGCGUUCUUUUAAAAUAGCGCAUUUUUUGGUCCUGUGCAACUCGACGGUAGACUGAGUCGUUUAUUGUUUUUUUUUUUUUUUGUAUUUAACUAGAACUAGGCCAAGUUACGUUUUAACCGCGCUAUUUAUAUGAAAAAUGAAAUUCACAAAAUCCCUGAAAAAGAAAAAAAGGCUUAUAAUUCACAAAAAUAAAUAAAGAGGAACCGAUCAGUUCCGUCAUUUCCACAUCUAAAACACAGCCGCUCUGAGAUACGCCCCUCGCCUCUCUUUAAUUUUAAGCCACACUCUGCUCAUUUUCAGGUAUUUCCUAUCAAGUUGGCAAACUAAACGCAUCAGAGACACGUCGAGGAUGGAAUUGCAACAGCGGAUGUGAGGCGCCACAACAUUGUACACUGCCACGCUGCACCAAUGUGGUAUUUCCGCAAACGUUUAGUGGAUCUGGAACCGUAAGUAAACCCUAAGCAAUUAAAACUUAUAGUCUAAUCUUCAGGGUUCGGGGUAACUUUCUUUUGUAAGUAAACCACGUUAAGCUUCUUUAAAAAUCUAAUGUUUUUUACAAAUUUUGAUUUGCCUUAGUACUUGUGGUUUUCUGAUGCUUCGGUGCGCAUAGGUAUGCUUAAGUGCUUCUAAUCCCUAGGAUGCGCGUGUUUUUGAACCAAACAAAACAAAACAAAACAAAUACAAAAAGCCGGAAGAUUUUGACGAUAAAUAUAGAAGGUCUCUAUUCCAUGAAAUAGGAAUUGGGGGGUAAAAUGUGAAACUGAAACUGCGGGGUGGGCGAUUGGGGUCGAUUAGCUAGACUCUCUUUUUCUUCAGAUUUAGUGUGUGGAGUGAACGCGUGCGCAAGCGUCGAGCAGACGCGAGAAACAAGGGAGGCAUUCUCGCGCCUUCAGUCAUCCGCAAGGCCACGCGUGUCUCGCGCGUUUCGCUCGACGGAUUAGGAAAAAAAGAGAGACUGCUCAUAGUCUAGGGUGGACUUGUCACCUGAUAAAUUUUCAUUGAUGCAUGUCUUUACCUAACGCAUUUCAGGUUCGAGUUUUUGUGUCAUUAAGCCAUGAAGAUCAGUCUUCAGUUGUUCAUUCGCCUUCCGCCGUGUGGGCAGAGUCCAUUAGUACAGCUGGAUUUCAGUUAUGCUCGCGUGCAACAGGUUCUACAAACGACACUGGAAUUAUCAACUGGGUAGCGUUUCAGGACAAACCUAUGUUAACGCAUGGAAGCGUUACUUUUAGCGGAAUAUGGACAACAGAAACUAAGUGUGAGAAGGUGGCCUUUUCUCAGGUUAGAUAACAAUAAUUGAUAACCAGUAUAUAAUUUUGUUACAAAGGUGUAAAACGUAUAAAAUAGUAGAAACAAAUGAAAUAGUAUCAGAAAGUAGUUCUAAAACAAGUGAUCACUAAUUAAUAUCCGGAAUUUGCUCUUCAUAGCAGAGUCCACUGCUAAAAGUCUUUUUAAGCUUUCUCUCGGGCUUUAAGUUUCAAACUUUUCCUUCCAUCGCCUUUAGAUAAGCCAUUUUCACGUUUUACUUUGGAGGUAGUGAUUGAAUAAUGCGUGACCGUUUUGAAUGUGUUGAUGUGUUAAAGGGAAUUUGGAAAAUAGAAGUCUAUUCAUUUAAUGAUAUCAAAUUUUUAGCAUUAAACUUAACAAAGUUGGCCGAAAAGAACCAUUGUUGUUUGUAACUUUAUUGAAGUAAUAGGCCAAAUAAGAUGCAUUCACCAACCUUUUCAACACUUCGUAGAAAGAGGUGAAAGAGGGGUAGAAAAGUAAGUUAAUGUGAAUAGACAAGUAGAUUUGAUUAAUCUGCUCCCCUUAGCCUUUGAUAAAUCCUUAAUUUCAUCUAAGUGCCGCUAAGUACUUCAUGGAUACGUUCCUCCUGAUUUAUCUUUCGAGAAGCUUGUUGAUUUUUCAGUCAAUAGUUUUUCAUAUAUCUAACAUUUUUUUGCAGAGCUUUGCUUCCAAGCCUCGUGUAUUUGUCUCUGUUAAGUACACUCGCAGUACUAAGCCAAAUGAUGCUAUGUACUUAUGGUUAGAGAACGUCAAUUCUGGAGGAUUUGAAGUGUGCUUAAGGGAAUUCUUGCCCUUUGAUGGAAAACACCAAGAUGCAGUUGUGGUAAGUGAAGAAAAAUGUCCGAGUAAACUAUAGUAUUGAUGAAAACAAACAAACAAACAAACUUGACUUUGCCACACUUCGGCCGCCCGGAAACCCAAUUACCCAGAACGUUUUUGACGCAAUUAAGGUCAGUGUCGUGUCUCACAUGUCUCAUGCAGUCAUUUCUUGUUAAAGGAAAUGUGGUUCGAAACCUGACGCAACUCGUCUUGUAAAGAAAAGGGUAGCAAAUUAAACAUUAUUUUCUUGUCCGCAGGACUGGUUUGCAUUCACUGGAAAUGGGAGUCAACUUAAUUUCACAAUAACUGGGGAAGAAAUCUUUCCAAGCAGUGGAAAUCCAUCGGCCAAAAACAACUACGGCUUCUGUCAGGUGAAAACUUUAGUUCUAACAAGAACAUUUAGCAAGCCAAAGAAC